GGCCAUGGCGGAGCGGGACGGGCCGGGCAGUGCCGGGCGGGCGGCGGGCGGAGGGAAGAUGUCCCUGCACAGGUGUGAAACUUGCAGCAAAGAAGAAGCUAAGUACAGAUGUCCACGAUGCAUGAAAUAUUCGUGCAGCCUGUUGUGUGUAAAGAAGCAUAAGCUUGCCCUGAGCUGUAAUGGAGUCAGGGAUAAAACAGCAUUUGUCUCUGUAAAUGAAUUUACUGACUUGAACCUUCUAAGUGAUUAUCGUUUCCUGGAAGAUGUAGGAAGGACAGCUGAUGCUGCUGCUCGACAUUGUAUUGUGCAUAGUCCAGCAACAAAAAGACUUUUAUACUGCUUGAGGAACAAAGCUCGAGGGUGUAAUAUUGAGCUAAAAACACUGCCUGUUGGAUUUACAAAAAGAAGAGAAAAUUCUACCACCUUCAAUGCCGUGGAGAACAAGUUCUACUGGCACUUGAAGCUCAUAUUUCCUCACUGUCAUGCUGAAUACACUUUAAAAGGGGUGCCUGAUGAUAAAACACUUGCUGAUAUCCUCAAGCCAUACAUUGAUCCAGUGGAGUCAGAUCCUGUCGUUUGUCAAAGAUUAAAAAUCUAUACAGCAUCUCCUCAAUCAGAUGUACGAAUUUUAAUGAAAAUAGAAAACAGGAGCCGAAACUCUGUCAGGUACAAUGAACUGGAUGCCAGUAGAAGCCUUCUAGACAAUCUGAAAGGCAAAGUAAUAAUUGAGUAUCCAACAUUAUUUGUGGUCUUGAAAACACUGAAGAAUGACAUGGUGGUCCUUGGCCAAGAUGGCAGUGAACCUGCAGAGAACUCAGACAGUGAAAGUUCAUCCCUUUCCUCUGUGGAAGAAGGGGAAAUUCGAGACAGUACAUGACAGUUCUUUGAGAGAAGAGGGUGGAAUGAGCUUUUAUUUUUUUAUUAUUUAAUUAAAUUUUUUUAAUACAACUAAGUUCCUAGAGGUUUGGCUUAACUUCAUUUACUGUCAACGUGCUUGACUAUUUUUGGAUUUAAUAACACAUAUUUUGGGAUGUAAAUAAAAAGAUGGGGCAUUGUAGUUCCAGAAAAAAAAAUCUAA